CGGACCGCGCCGCUUUUCCAGUUCCACCACCACCACAAAACCGCUCUCGGCCCCGAAGAACAAAGAUCGUCACAGCCGCCCGCUCUUCGUUCAACCUGCCAUCUCCAUCUAACCACCGUCACAUUCGUUACGACGUCACACACACACAAAGUCAACCCUAACUCGUCACCGUUGACACACCACCCUCUCACACUACCAAAGCAGACAAAAACAACAGCAGACACCAGAAACGAUGGGCGUCCUCGGAGCAGCAGCAACGGCCGCCGUCGCCGGCCUGCACGGCUACAUCCUCGUGCUGCAGAUGUUCCUCUGGGACAAGGAGCCCGGCAUGCGCGCCUUCCGGCAGACGCCGCAGUCCGUCCCCUACACCAAGACCCUCGCCGCCAACCAGGGGCUCUACAACGGCUUCCUCGCCGCCGGCCUCGCCUGGGGCCUGCUGCACCCGUCGCCCGAGUUCGCGACCCAGCUCCGCCUCUUCUUCCUGGGCUGCGUCGGCGUCGCGGGCGUCUACGGCGCCGCCACCGCCGCCCGCAAGAUCCUGUUCAUCCAGGGCAUCCCUGCGGCCAUCGCGGCUGGGCUGGUCCUGUCUGGGCUGUGAGGUUUUGUU